AUAUUAAAUACUCCGUGUGUGGCCACCCGAACCCGAAUGUGUUACCUAUUUAUUUCUUUAUAACGGAAAAACACCUUCCUCACACUCUCUUCUUCAUCCAUCUCCAUCUGUAUACUACAAAACUAUAAAACUUCAUCAUCACAUAAUCAUUUUCAAACAAAAUCAUCAAUCUUAGUUUCUGACAUGUCCGUUGAGCUAGAGCUCGAAUCACCCACCGCUCAUCUCCAACAAAAGAGAUCAAGCGCCUUAUGUUUCCCCACCUGCUUCGCCUCCCGCCGCCGUUCCGUUUGGUGGGAACGCGUCCGCUCCGCCUCCUUUUCUCAAUCCCAUCCUCCAACCACCGCGGAUAGAUGGUGGUCUCGAGGCCUCAAAGCCUUAAAGAAACUCCGCAAUUGGUCAGAGAUCGUUGCCGGUCCAAGAUGGAAGAAUUUCAUUCGGAAAUUCAACAACCAUCGAUCGAAGCGUAUGACAAAGUGUCAAUACGAUCCUUUGAGUUACGCGUUGAACUUUGAUGAGGGACAGAACGAGGAUAGCCAUGACGACGGUUUUCGGAAUUUCUCUACGCGUUACGCCGCUGUUAAUAUUAAGUCUGUUGCACCGGAACCGGAGGGUGAAAUUGGCGGGUUCGUUUGAGUGCGCGGCAUGAGCUAAUGUGCGCUGGAGUGGGCACAUUAUGAGCUGGAGAAAGUGUAAAAAACAUUACACCGUGGAUACCAUCAUAAACCAUUGCGUCACUUUCGGUUUAUUUUGUACUUUCAUAAUUUACUAUGAGAAAUUACUUUUUUCUUUUUCUUUUUAUAUUGUAAAUAUGUUGGUAACAAAGUGGAAAUGGUUAUUAUAAUGAUUAUUACUUUUUUCUUUUUC